GAAGCUGUCGUCAAGAAAUUGGCAGUUGUCAGAGCAAGCUUGAGUGAGAUAGGCGCAUCACUUAUAAUGAAGUUACUUAUAAAAGUGGUGCUUGGAGUGUUAUUGUUUAGCAUUGCAAGUUGUUAUAAAUACUGCGAGGACUGUAUUCUAAUAACGCGAUGCGAGAAGGCCUUAGAGAGAGUAAAACAUCACAAAAGCGAUGCAACUGUGAAAAUGCUGAAAAAUGCUCACUGCGGCUUUGAUGGAGUCACUCACAAGGUCUGCUGCACAGAAUUAAUGAUUAACAUGCGAACGUUGGAAGAUGAUUCAACUAACGAAUUCGACAUAGAAAAACAUCCCAAUAUAAAACUGUUGUCGGAAGAAUGCGGAGAUACAGACGGAAAUAAAAUCGUUGGCGGAAGCAGAACUACGCUAUAUGAGUUCCCCUGGUUAGCAAUAAUCAUCCAUAAAAAUGCCGGUACUUUAUAUAUGAACUGUGGGGGUUCGUUGAUUAAUUCAAGAUACGUGCUAACUGCAGCUCAUUGCAUUAAGGGAAGGGAAGUCUCCAAAGUCCGAAUUGGAGAAUACGACCUCAGCACAGAAAUCGAUUGUACUGGAGAAGAUGCUUUUAUCCAAUGCGCACCUAAAUAUCAGGAAAUAGAUGUGUCGGAGCAGAUCUAUCACGAAGCUUACAAUAACGACCCUCUCAUCAUAAACGACAUCGGUCUUUUACGUCUUAAAAAAUCUGUCGACCUAAGCUACAGAAAUUCUGGUCUGAUAUGCCUGCCGAUAACAAAUUCGCUCCUAAAUUUAAACAUAUAUGGUGAAAGAGGGACUGUGGCCGGUUGGGGUAUAACUGAAAGUAACACGAAGUCUAAUGUCCUACUCAAAGUUGGAGUUCCAAUAUUUUCGCCCAGAACGUGCUUAAGGUGGUACAACAGGAAUCGUCAUAUGACCAUGGAAUCUUACAAUCGAUUGACAAAUACAUUCUGCGCCGGCGAGCUGGGUCACGAUUCAUGCAAAGGCGACUCCGGCGGGCCACUUAUGUACGAAGGCUUCAUAACGAAUACAUACAAACUAGUACAAUACGGUAUCGUGUCUUACGGAAAUUUGGACUGCGGCACUGAACCACCUACUAUAUACACAGAUGUCAGAAAAUAUAUGAAAUGGAUUAUGGACCAUAUAAGGCCUUAAUCAUCUAGAAUAUUUUUACUAAGAAGAAAUGUAAUGGUUAUUUAUAUGACAUAAAUUUGUAAAGAAUUACUGUUUUUUUAUAAUAACAAUAGACACAAUACUACUUGACAAAGUAGUGUUUACCAGACUAAUAUUUUACAACACCAAUAUUGUUGUUUGCU